AUGAGACGGAAGUAUCCAACACUAAAGAGGCCGUAUAAGGUUCCGGGAGGGAUGCUGGUGAUGGGUUUGCCUCUGGUUUCGUUCGAGCAGGGAGAGAAGAGGAAUAGUAGCUUCACUGCCGCUGGUUCCGCUCGAACAGGGAGAGAAGAGGAACAAGUCGCAGACCAGAUAGCGGACAACAAGCAGACUGCAUGGAAAUCAAUAGGAGGGAAGGCUCCACGAAAGCAGCUGGCAACUAAGGUGGCUCGGAAGUUGGCACCGGCGACCGGAGGAGUGGAGAAGCCUCACAGGUUCAGGCCUGGAACCGUUGCUCUUCGUGAGAUCAGGAAGUACCAGAAGAGCACGGAGCCCUUGAUCCGAAAGUUACCCUUUCAGCGUCUCGUCCGUGAGAUCGCUCAGGACUUCAAAACAGAUCUGCAUUUCCAGAGCAGCGCCAUCGCUGCUCUUCAAGAAGCCGCCGAGGCCUACUUGGUGGGUCUCUUCGAACACACCAGGCUCUGA